AUGGGCCAGGUGGUAUCUGCCCAGCACCGCGUGGCCGCUGCCCCCACUGGGCCGCGAGAACAGGGAGCACAGGGGGCCCACGGUGCCUGGAAGCCUCCAGGGAGCCUCGCCUCCUGUGGCUUCCCCCAGGGCAGCGAUAAGCAUGGAGAACUAGAACAUUCUGCUUUUCUAUGUCUCCUUUCAGACGUAGGUGAGGAUAGAAUCUGGUGUCACGUUUGUGAGAGAGAAAACACUUUCGAAUGUGAGAACCCAAGGAUGUGCAAAGUGGAAGAGACAUACUGCGUGCUAGCGGCCGUGACGACCCCUAGACCCACAUUCCCAGUGCACGUGGACAGGCCACACCAUGCAGAAGCCAGCCCCUCCCCAAAGCAGCAUUCAACACCCAGGCCUGGCCCUCAUGCUCCUGACCCCUCCUUGACACCCCUGCACCUCUAAGCAGGGCCGCCAGGGGAAAGGGCUUGACCAAGACAGAAAGGCCUCGGUGUCAGCCAUUGGAAUUGUGUAAUUUCCUUCUCUCUGUCUUUAUUUCCUAUUAGAAAUAUUUCCACGUUUUUUCCUGAUUUCAAAGCAGUGCUCUGCUUAUUGUGCAGCGAUUGAGCGACCCAAGCCAGCGCAGAAGCCGUUUCUCCUGGAAGAGCCCAUGCCCUUCUUUUACCUCAAGUGUUGUAAAGUUCGCUAUUGCAAUUUAAACGGGCCGUCUGUGAACUUAUCAGUGUUCAAAGACUAUGUUGAGAGCUCCAGUAAGAGGAGCUGUGGCAGGCUGGGGCUGACCGCCCUCCUGCUGCUGGCCUCCACUGCAGCUGGCCUCAGCCUGCCUUGACACAGGACUGCAUGAACUGAGCCUUCUGGAGCAUGGACUCACUCCACACCGUUGUAACCUGUUGCAUUAAACUUGUUUUGUUGAU